AUGGACGCCUUCAGCGCCGCCAAGGCCAAAAUGGGGGCGAAGAGCGGCGGCGAGGCAGCGGCGGCGGCUGCGGGGCUGGCCGCGCCUCAGCCCGCCGCGCCUCAGCCCGCCGCGCCGGCCCCCAGCCCCGCCGGUCCUGGCUCGCCCGCCGCGGCCGAACACGCCGCCUACAAGCUGGAGGACCUGGAGACCCUGGCCACCGUGGGCACAGGUACCUUUGGGCGUGUUCAUCUGGUGAAGGAAAAAAUGGCCAAACGUUACUUUGCACUGAAAGUAAUGAGCAUUCCUGAUGUCAUUCGACUGAAGCAAGAGCAACAUGUGCACAAUGAAAAGUCAGUCCUGAAAGAGGUCAACCACCCCUUUUUGAUCAGAUUAUUUUGGACCAACCAUGAUGAACGUUUUUUAUACAUGUUAAUGGAAUAUGUGCCAGGAGGAGAACUUUUUAGUUACCUGCGCAACAUGGGGCGUUUCAACAACAGCACAGGACUGUUUUACUCAACAGAAAUUAUUUGUGCAAUAGAAUACCUGCACUCCAAAGAAAUAGUUUACAGAGACUUAAAACCUGAAAAUAUAUUACUAGACAAAGAAGGACAUAUCAAGCUUACUGAUUUUGGAUUUGCUAAAAAGCUGGUGGAUAGGACAUGGACACUCUGUGGCACUCCUGAGUACCUUGCACCAGAAGUUAUACAAAGCAAAGGCCAUGGAAGAGCUGUGGAUUGGUGGGCCCUGGGAAUUCUUAUAUUUGAGAUGUUGUCAGGGUUUCCUCCAUUUUUUGAUGACAAUCCAUUUGGUAUAUAUCAGAAGAUUCUUGCUGGCAAAAUAGAUUUCCCGAGGCAUUUGGAUUUAUAUGUAAAAGACCUUAUUAAGAAGCUGCUUGUGGUUGACAGAACAAGACGAUUAGGAAAUAUGAAGAAUGGAGCAGAUGAUGUGAAGAGACAUCGAUGGUUCAGGUCUAUAGAUUGGGAUGCUGUACCUCAAAGGAGACUAAAGCCUCCCAUAGUACCAAAAGUAUCCAAUGAUGGGGAUACUUCCAAUUUUGAAGCUUAUCCUGAAGAUGACUGGAACAAGACGCCUCCAGUACCCCCCAAAGAUCUAGAAAUUUUCAAGAACUUCUGAAUGCGACAGCUACACUGGAUGAGAAACUGGAAGGAAAUGGAAGUGCUAAGAGCAAG